UGCGCCAGGCACAUGCUCUCCUGUGCUCCCCAUAGCCAUGCCUCACAAAACUGACGAAAUCAAGGAUCUUCUGCUCAAAGCCAGAAGAAGCGAUGCCAACACUGUCAAGGUCAAGAAAAAUAAGGAUAAUGUGAAGUCUAAAGUUCGAUGCAGCAGAUACUUUCAUAUCUUGGUCAUCACAGCCAAAGAAAGGGCAGUGAAACUGAAGCAGCCUCUGCCCCCCAGGUUGGCAAUAAAGGAGCUAAAAUGA